GUGAAGAAGCUGACGUGAAACCAGCCAGCCAGAAGAACUACAUGCUAUAAAUUCUACUUGGGACCAUUCUCUUUUGUUCCGUCCGUAUCGGGAAACAUCACCACCAAUUCAUUGUGAUAUCAGACUGUUGCUUACCCUGGCAUACCAUCAUGGCAUCUACGCCUCAUCUACCCGAGACAAAUUCACGCAUUGAUACUCAACACCACAGCGGAUACCACCCCUCCUCGGAUCCCUCAGCACCGACUGCAUCCCCCACCACCGGCCCCCAGAGCCUGAUCCACUCCCCCACGAUGCCCUCUCCCCAGGCUCUGUCUAAUUUGUCAAAUGAAUUUCGUCAAGCCCUCUCUGCCUUUGCUGCAUCAUCAUCAAGAUUCCAGCUGCUGCGCACAAUCACGAGUCAUGGCGAGCAUUCUUUUGCCGCGCUGAUAUCAUCUUCGACCUCCCCUCAUCCUAGGAUAUGGCCUACCCCUCAUACCCUUUAUAUCUUGGAUUCGUCCUUUAACCCUCCAACCAGAGCGCAUCGGCAACUCGCUCUCUCAGCAUUGCGAGAUGAUGAGCGCGGGCAAGAACCUAAGCGGUUACUAUUGUUGCUGGCCACCCAAAAUGCAGAUAAAGCACCCAAACCAGCACAAUUCCAAGACCGUCUCGUCAUGAUGACACUUUUUGCUCAAGAUCUACUACGCUCAUUGACUCCACCAUCUACUACAUCCUUCUUCGACAUCUCUUCACCAACGGGCUCAGCUGCGCCCAGUGCAGCCACGACGCCUUCGUCCACCGCGCCUUCGCUUCUCCACAAUGUCCCCGACGUCGCCAUUGCCAUUGACAUUGGCAUCACCAAAGAACCCUACUUUGUGGAGAAGAGCUAUGCGAUUACCGAGACAGAAGUAUAUGGACCUGGGCCAACACCAGCCUCAUCUCCUUCCGCCACAGUCUCUCCUUCGACAGCCAAAGAACGGUCAUCAAUAUCAUCAACAACCAUAAAAACAACAGCGACAGCAACAGCACCUUCAUCAUCAUCAUCUAAACCACCACAAGCGCAAGCAACUCAAGUCUGGCUCACAGGCUACGACACACUCACUCGUAUCAUGGACCCGAAAUACUAUCUACCCACACACACACUGGCGCCGCUCGAGCCGUUCCUGUCCGCGCACAGAAUCCGCGCGACGCUCAGACCGGGCGAUAGCUGGGGCGGACGUGCUGAACAGGAAGCCUAUCUUCACAACCUUGCCGCCGGGGAACGAGAACAUGAGGGCGGGAAAAAGGAAUGGGCACAACGAAUCGAGUUGGUGGUCGGGAGCAGUCACGACGGCGGUGCGGGCGAUGGACUGACGACAUCUCCUGCCGGCGCUGAAGGUGAUGCAACAUCAAGCAAUCCAGUUGAAGAGAAGAAGAAGGAAUGUGAAGGAGCUGUUGAAAAUCAAAUUAUCAGCUCGACACGUGUCCGAGAAGCCUGUCAGCGGGGCGACCCCGAGGCGUUGAAGAAACUCGUCACAAAUGAUGUAGCAGACUUUGUUCUCGGGCAAGGAUUUUACAAGGAAUAGAAGGGUAGAAACAAAUGGGACGGAGCAGGGCGUUUAUUCCUUUUCCUUGUUUGACAAUGAACGAUUAUAGAUUUGACUUUUUUUCUUUUUCAUAUUAAUAGUACGAUUAGACGGUGGCUAUUUGACAUUUGUUUUUUCUUUUUUUGUUUCCGAAAAUAUAUAUAUUCCUAACCGUGCUUCAAUAAACGCACGUGUUCCUUUUCCUUUUCCUUUUCCUGCUACAAAAAUUUCCCACAAAUGCCUAAGACAUGAUCCCCCUCAAAAACGUGAGUCCAUAGCUAAUUUCAUAGUUUAGAAGUUUCUGUAGGGAGGUUAUAAGACUUUGGAU